AGUGUGCAUUGCGCGUACUAGCAAACAUGAUGAGAAAAAUGAAUGGAAGAAGCUAUUGAUUGUUACAAACAAGGGGAUAAACCUAUUUUUUUUAGUAAUUGCACCAGGAACGUCAACAUGCCACUCCUUUGAAAUUAAACUCUGGUAAAACGAUUCAAGUUAUGUCAUGGCGUUUCCUCAGCCCAGACCUCAGGCUCCUCAACUCCCUCAACAUCUGCUCAGGACCAUAGACUGUGCGCAAGGAGCUGUGAGAGCUGUUCGCUUCAACGCUGAUGGGAACUACCUGCUGUCUUGUGGCAGUGACAAAUCUCUAAAGCUGUGGAGUGUGAGCCGAGGGACCCAGCUGAAGACCUACAGUGGCCACGGAUAUGAGGUUCUGGAUGCUGAUGGUUCCUUCGACAACAGCCAGAUUUGCUCCUGCAGCUCGGAUAAAACAGUGAUCCUGUGGGAUGUCGCCACGGGCCAGGUCACACGUAAACUCAGAGGUCAUGCCGGGAAAGUCAACUGUGUCCAGUUCAACGAGGAGGCGACUGUCAUUUUGUCUGGGUCCAUAGAUGGGACAGUUCGGUGCUGGGACACCAGGUCCAGAAGAUUUGAGCCCAUCCAAGUUCUAGAUGAGGCUCAGGAUGGUAUCAGCAGCCUGAAGGUGGCACAACACGAGCUGCUCACCGGGUCUGUGGAUGGGAGAGUGAGACGCUACGAUCUGAGAAUGGGACAGCUGCAUGUUGACUUCAUCAGCAGUCCCAUCACAUGUGUGUGUUUCAGUCAGGACGGUCAGUGCACUCUGAGCUCCAGUCUAGAUUCAACAGUCAGACUACUGGACAAGAGCACCGGCGAAAUGCUGGGAGAGUAUACAGGACACAAGAUGAAGGGCUAUAAGCUGGACUGCUGCCUGUCCAGUAAAGAUACUCACGUCCUUAGCUGCUCAGAGGACGGUCAUGUCUACUGCUGGGACCUGGUGGAAGGAUCUUUGUCCUUGAAACUGCCAGUGGGGAAAGCGGUUGUCCAGUCAUUGUCCUUCCAUCCCACAGAGACCUGCCUCAUUACAGCCAUGGAGGGGCGUGUUCAGGUGUGGGGCGCAGAGCCAGAGGAGACAGAGGAGGAUGCAAUGGCCACAUAAUCGGUGAAAAUACUCAAAAGCCACAUUUACAUGCUAAGAGGAUUGAUUUAUUUUUCUGUUAUUUCAACAACAUACAGUCUGUGAACAUUGUAACUUUAAAACCUGAUAAACUUUAUGGUGGCUUGAAAACUAAUUAAUUAAUUAAUUAAAAAUAACUUACUCUCACAUUUCGUUUUUGACUCUAAACACAGGACCAUUGAAGGUUGUUUUUUUUUUUUAACAGUGUGAGCAUUUCUAGCAGAACUUGUACCCUGGCAUACUUGUCAAAUGUGAUACAGGGUAGGGACAGUGAAAAGUACACAUACCUGAGCAAUCAGACCUUUUUGAGAGGCACCAGGAAAAUCACACAGAUUCCUAAGGGAAUCGUUAUUUCUUUGCCUUUUGUUGGGUCAGUCAAAAAGGGAAUAGUCAAUACAUGAAAGUGAAUCACAUUUUCAAAGGCUCCUGGUGGUAGCCAAAGGGGGAAAUGUUUUAUUUUAGUCAGAAGUGAGCUACAUAGACACAUAGCAGCCAUCUUAGCCAGCUCAUCAGUCUGUCUUUAUGACUGUUAGCUUUACAAAGAUUUAGUUCUCUAGACAUGUCAUCUGACACAAAAACAGAAAAUGAUGUUGAACUCUGGUUCACAGAUGUACAGCGCACAUGAUCUGGAUGUGAAUCUAAUUCUAGUUAAAUGAUCUAGGACUUGGGUUUUUGUAUGUGUGCAAAACAUAUAUUUUUGUACAAAACCUUGAAUAAACAUAUUCUUGUAUACACCACA